AUGUGUAUUCUUUUUUCUGAAAUAAUAUAUUCACCAAAUCUGUUUGUAGUCACCAUGAAUAUAUCUGAUCUUCCAGUGGAGAUAAUCAAGAUAAUUUUUGAUUUUCUUCCCAAUGAAUAUUUGGUCCAACUUAUCGAUAUACCCUGCAUCAAGAAGUACACAAUUUCAUCAUUUUAUUCAACCAUAAUAAUCAGCGGUUCAUGGCAUAUAAUUCUGCAUUUUCCAACGGUUUCAAAUGGAAUUCCAGUUUUUAGAAAUGCAUACAACUAUGUUUACUUCCUUCAAUUGAACCCAAAACUUUCACCAAGAAAGGUAAUAAUUCAAGAACCAACAGAAGCCAUUGUUUUGCUUAAUGAGUUCCCCGAAAUCGUUGCGAGAUCAAAAGUUGAAAUAAAUAUGUCGGGUAAUGAAUUAAUGUGCACUGAUGAUAUUUCCAAGAUACUUGAUAUAAUUUCUUCGGAAUCAUUAUUCAGUAGUCUAAAACUAGAAUUGAAUUUGAAACUAUCAUAUGCUAAUUUUAAAGCAAAUAUUUCACAGAGAUUAACUUCUUUGGCUCUCACUGAAGGAUACGGUUUGGAAAAAUUGUCCAAGUCUACCAGUUUGACAACUCUUUCAGUUAACUAUUUCUUGACUGCAUCCGACAUCAAGCACAUUCCACGUCAGUUACAAAACCUUAAAUGUAGUUUCAAGAUUGAAGAUAGCAUUAACUUUAUGGCAUCUAUGAAAUGGAAACUGCCCCUAUCAUUGAGAACGUUGCAUAUCAGGGAAGCACAAUAUGAUGGGUCAAAAGUUUUGGUUGUUGAUAUUUCACAUUUAAAAGUACUUCAAAAAUUCACUAUUGAAGAGUAUGAUUCAAUAAAUUGUAAAUGGGUGUAUCCAAAAUGCUUAGAAAGCUUUACUUGUUCUUCAGCAAGAAUGGUUCCAAGAAAUUUGGCAGUGAAACUACCAGAAUUAUCAAAAUUAUCAAUAGAGAAUACUGAUGGAUAUUCCAAAGUUCUUAAAUUUAUGGCUAGUACAUUUCCACCUACUUUAGUUUCAUUGGACAUUUCACUGGAUAUAUUAGCACAUGAUAAUUAUGCGAUACAAUUGAACUAUCCACAGAAAGAAAACACAGAUACGAAUCUUACUGUUAAUUCUUGGGAACUUCCAUUUAAAGAUAAUUUGAAAGAAUUGACUAUUAGAUACAAACCCAGUGAAGAGACAACAGGCAUCGAUGACAUUACAGAUAACGACUAUUUAAAUUAUGAAAAUUCAUUAACUAAAAGAGUACAAAAAUUGGGACUAUCUGGUCCAAGUCUUAGAACAGCAGUCAAUUUUGAUUUACCAAGAUUACAGAAAAUUGAUAUUAACAAGAUUCUGAUAUUUAAAAACCUUGAUCGUCUUUGCUUGUACAGUAUGGAGGGAAUUGACGUUUUUGAUUGUAAGCUACCUGAUUCCUUAUUGAAAUUAGAAAUACAUCUGUGUCACUUCAAACAGCUACACAUAAUAUCUCCAAAUAUUAUAACAUUGAAACUCAGUUAUUGUUACAAGAUAAUAAAAUUAGAAACUUCAAACUUCACAAUUCCAGCUACUAUUGAAAGAUUAGGGAUUAACCACACUGAUAUUCGGAAAAUCUCAGCAAGGUUCCCUGAUGGAAUGGAAUUGUUGGAUCUUUCAUACAAUAGACAUCUCAGUUUCGUUUGUCACUUUCCUGUCUCUUUGAAGUUUUUGCUGUUGACUGAAACAUCAAUUGGUAAGACAGUUAAUUGGAUUGGUCAAAAUUGUGUUUUACCAACGAAAUUAGAAACCCUAUACUUGUCAUGUGCUCAUAUCAAUGAUAAGUGGAUUAGAAAGAUGAAGCUAAGCGAAUGCAAAAAAUUAAAAACCUUACUGUUAUUUGCUGGGAAAUUCAAAAAGCUUGAUAUAAACUCACUUCCGAAAUCAUUAGUGGUUUUAGAAUUAGGGUGUUGUAGCUUCCAAUCAAUUGUUGGAAGUUUUAGAAGUUUACCCAAUCUUGAAUUACUUGGUCUCUUUGCAAUUAAUUUGCAAGGAUAUUUUGAAGGUAUUGCUAACAUUGGGGAAGAAAUGUUUUCUGAUAACAUAAGAUUUGUUGAUUUACAACGUAAUCUGUUAUUCACAGAUGAAUUAGAGUUGAUAUAUAAGGAGUUAUUGAAGAAACCAUAUUUCGAGAGCUUAUUGCCAGGAACUUCGUUAAUUAUUGGGUAUAACGAUUAUGUACAAAUGAAAAAGGCAAAACUAGGAGCAUAUUCCCUGCCAGGAGGCGGAGCUGAUUGUUCAUUCAUUGACUCAUUUUAA